AUGGAACAUGCUGCAUGCAUUGCGCGUAGCAGAAUUUUCUAUAUUACUCUAACGAAAAAGGAAUGUUGUUCACUCGCCACUGUUGACAGCAGUCUGCAGGCUGCAAGUGGACCGCAUGCAGAUUAGGGGGGACAGAGAGAAAAAGGAAAGGGAGGGGCUGUGGAGGCGGAGGGUGGUUGGUUGGUUGUUGUGUUCCAUCAUAAAGGAAGGAGUGCAUUGCUGAGUGCGGGAAAGCGACCAGUCGGCGUAAUGGUGGGAGUGCGUGGUUGUGUUGGUCAACUGUCCACUCGACCCUGA